AAUCCUUUGACUGCCUUGAGAAUGCUUGAGGACUUUGUGACACUAAAACCAGGGGACACUAUAGUACAAAAUGGUGCUACAAGCAUGGUGGGGCAAUGUGUUAUUCAACUAGCUCGACUUCGUGGGAUUCAUAGCGUCAAUAUCAUUAGAGACAGGGCAGGAUCAGAUGAAGCAAAAGAAAAUCUCAAGAAACUCGGUGCUGAUGAUGUGUAUACUGAAAGCCAACUGGAAGUGAAGAAUGUCAGAGGUCUCCUGGGCAAUAUAUCUGAACCUGCUUUGGGCUUUAACUGUGUUGGCGGCACUGCCGCUUCAUUAGUCCUCAAAUUCCUGAAGCAGGGUGGAACUAUGGUUACAUAUGGGGGGAUGUCAAAGAGACCUAUAACUGUAUCUACUUCGUCUUAUAUAUUCAAGGAGCUCACCUUGAGAGGAUUCUGGCUACAGAGGUGGAUGAGUUCAGACAAAGCUGAAGAGUGCCGAUCCAUGAUAGAUUAUCUUUUGGGCCUAUGUCGUGAUGGGAAAUUGAAAUACGAGUUGGAAGUGGCACCUUUUGAUGAUUUUCAUUCAGGUCUUGAAAAGGCUAUGGGGAAGCGAGGAAGUCAACCAAAACAAGUUCUUAAAUUCUAAGUCAUGGGCUUUUAGAUUCGAUCUAGCGUGAAUAUGAAACUUUCCUUAUUUUGAACCUCUGCAGUCCUAAGGCUUACCUGUAAACAACCAUAUAAUCGUUGUUGAGGUCCUCUAUUCUGUAGUUGAGAUCCCAAAAAAUGUUAAAGGCUUGGAAAUUCAUGUGAUAGUUGAUGAGUCUUCGUAUAGGUAGAGACAGUUUUAGCUUUGUUACUGCAGACCUCUUUGUAAAAUGAAGCCAGCUAAGGUCUGCUUAUAUCAAGAAAUUUAUAAGCAUGCAAUGGAAAAUAAUAUGACUGAUUGCCAAAGCAAA